UGCCCCGCCCGGCCUUCCCGGGAGGCUGGGAAUCCGGGGCAGCCACUGGCCGGCGGGGAUCCGCCGCCCUCCGUCACCGCGUCCACUUCCGUCCCGGCGGGAGGCGUCUGCUCUCCGCCUGCCCCGACAGUCCCCGGGCUCGGCGGGCCGCCUCGGCGCGGGGAGAGCGCAGGCUUCGGGCGGCUGACAGGUUUCUCACCAUCUGGCAGGGCUGCACAACGCCCAACUUAAAUCUCUCCAAUGGCUAACGAGGCACAUCCUUGUCCGUGUGACAUUGGCCACAGGAUAGAGUAUGGAGGGAUGGGGCGCGAAGUUCAAGUCGAGCACAUCCAGGCUUAUGUCACCAAGCCCCCCUUCGACACGGGCAAGGCUGUUAUCGUCAUUCAAGAUAUAUUUGGCUGGCAGUUGCCCAAUACCAGAUACAUGGCUGACAUGAUCGCCGGAAAUGGGUACACGACCAUCGUUCCAGACUUCUUCGUAGGGCAGGAGCCGUGGCACCCUUCUGGGGACUGGUCCACCUUCCCGGAGUGGUUGAAAACAAGAGAUGCCAGAAAGAUCGAUAAGGAGGUAGAUGCUGUCUUGAAGUAUCUGAAACAGCAGUGUCAUGCCCAGAAAAUCGGCGCCGUGGGAUUCUGCUGGGGUGGAGUGGCUGUCCAUCACGUGAUGAUGAAGUACCCGGAAUUCAGGGCAGGGGUGUCCGUCUACGGCAUCGUCAAGGACUCUGAAGAUGUGCACAGUUUAAAGAACCCCACGUUGUUCAUUUUUGCCGAAAAUGAUGCUGUAAUUCCCCUUGAACAAGUCUCUUUACUGACCCAGAAGUUGAAAAAACACUGCAAAGUGGAAUAUCAAAUUAAAACAUUUUCUGGGCAAACCCAUGGCUUCGUGCAUCGAAAGAGAGAAGAUUGUUCAGCAGAGGACAAGCCCUAUAUUGACGAGGCAAGAAGAAAUUUACUUGAGUGGCUGCACAAGUACGUUUAGCUGUGGCCAAGUGUAAACUUCCUCAAGAUAGCUUGCAUCCAGAAACAUGCUUUGGGAUACUUGGAUCGUUUAAUUGUCACUUUAUACAAAUCAAGGAAUCCUGAAACUCAUUAUUCCCUCUGAAACAUAAAUUGGGUAGAAAAUGUUAAUGCAUGACAUCAUUUAACUUUUAAUACAUUCACCCCCCCCUCCCCCAAACCAGGUCAGUGCCUAAAGAAUUUGAAUGAUAGAGUAAUAUCCUCAGUAAAAACCUAGGGCCGUUUAUGGACCAGCUGCCAGCUCAGGUGUGGACUUCUUGCUUUUUAAUUAGUUACAUCUUUUAAAAUGAUGAGCAUAGCAAAGCCGUGACGAACGUAAACUAUAAACUCAGAUUCAAAGCCCAGCUUAAUUGGGCAUUUAUCUGUGUUAGUACAGAUGAAUCUGUCACGUUCAUACGUUGCACUAUGAGAAAUCCUGAGGUUAAAAUAGGGUUUCAUUGACCUAAUUACAUCAAGCCAAUAAACUUACUUUCUGAA